CUCACACAAAAGAUCAUGGCAGUUGCAUCAAUGAUGUGUGCAUCCUUCACACCAUCAUAUUUCACGUUUCCCUCGCUCACCGCGUGUCUGAUGUGAUGAGCAAUCAUCUGAUUCAGUAUGCUGUGGAAAUGACUCUUAUAAAGACUACUUAGAUGACAUUGCGAUCAUUAUAUCGCACGGUUCGCUCAAUCCCCUGCUCAUCUAUGACUAUCGCAAACAAGCCCGCUCCAGCUAUUUCUUAUUUUACACCUGCCCAAGUACCUGCUGCGGGUACUGCGUACGACCCCCAGCCUGAUGGGAAACCAAUCCCAAAGUUGUUCCAGCCUAUAAAGAUUCGCGGAACGACUUUCCACAAUCGCAUUUUCCUCUCGCCCCUUUGCCAGUACUCAUCUGAUGAUGGCCAUUUCACAUCAUGGCAUAUGGCACAUCUCGGCGGAAUCAUAUCUCGUGGACCGGGUCUUGCCAUGGUUGAAGCUACCGCUGUAGUACCGGAAGGUCGGAUUACUCCAGAGGACGCUGGAUUGUGGAAGGAUAGCCAGGCCGAGUCCCUUCGUCCUAUCGUUGAGUUCGCACAUUCACAAAACCAGAAGAUUGGCAUUCAGCUCGCGCACGCUGGUCGCAAAGCGUCCACCGUUGCUCCUUGGAUACAUGAUGAUUUGGUGGCAACGGAAGAAGUGGGGGGAUGGCCCGACAAAGUCUGGGGCCCUUCUGCUAUCCCUUAUGACGAAAAUUAUCCAUCUCCAAAAGAGAUGACCAAAGAAGAAAUAAAGAAGGUCGUCGUUGCUUUUGCGGAAGCGACGAGACGUGCGCUCAAAGUAGGAGUUGACGUGAUAGAGGUACAUGGGGCCCAUGGGUAUCUACUGACAUCUUUCAUGAGCCCAUACACCAACAAACGCACGGAUGAAUAUGGAGGCAGCUUCGAGAAUCGCAUACGAUUCCCUCUGGAAGUCGUUGACGCUGUUAGAAACGUCAUUCCAGACGAUAUGCCUCUAUUUUUCAGAAUAUCGGCGACUGAGUGGUUGGAAGAAUCCCUACCUAAUGAACCUUCUUGGAGAUCGGAAGAUACCGUCAAGUUUGCUGGUAUCCUUGCUGACCACGGCGUUGAUUUCCUUGACAUCUCUACUGGUGGAAAUAGUCCAAAGGCGGUAGUGGUGCAUAAGACUGUUGCUUAUCAGGCGCCCUUCGCGGAGGCUGUCAAGAAGGCAGUUGGUGACCGGAUUGUGGUCGGCGCUGUGGGAUCAAUUAUAAAUGGACAUAUCGCCCAGGAAGUGCUAGAGAAAGGUCAGGCGGAUGUCGUCUCCGUUGGACGACAGUUCCAAAAGAACCCCGGUUCGGUAUGGGCAUUCGCAAGUGAUGUUGGAGUCGCGGCUAAAUUCGCCCAUCAGAUUGAAUGGCCAGUGGUAGGCCGUAGGAGUAAGGUACCGAAGAAACUCCCCUGGUAGCAUACACGCAAAUAGAUCUGUGGAAACAUAAAUACUAUCUAGAAACAGAGCUGU